AGGCAUUUCAGGCGACGAAUCACGAGAAUCUGGAGAAGUUCUGUGGGCAGCCCGACUGCGUGAAGGGCGUGGAGACGAUGGAGAAGGAGUACGGCAGCUGCUAUGGCGGCACCCUGUGUGCCAGCAUGAGCCAAAACUUUGACUAUGCCAAGUGCAAGGCUGCCAUGGAAGACAACCUGCCAAAGUCCUUCCGCAGCCAGGAACACUCCGCGUGCGCAAAGGAUGGUGACUUCUACUGUGCCCAGCAGUUGGCGACUUUGCUGAUGCAAAACUCCAAGUGCUACGUGAAGUUUUUCCUCCCCGCGACGCCAGGGACGCCAGAUGCCUGUCCUUCGGAGUGCGUGAACCUGUGGAAGAAGGAACAGGGUGAGCAUCCUGUGUGCAUGACGCUCUUGGAGGGUCAGCUGAAGGGGAAGUAUGAGAUCAGCCAGAACCUCACUAAGCAGCUGAUCUUGUCCAACAAGGACCCCAAGGUGCGCGCCAUGGCUGACCAGAUGCCCACCACCAUGCACACCUUCACGGAGGUCUGCAUCCACUCCCAAGCACUGCUGGUGUGAGACCUGAGUAACACCAGUAACACCUGAGCACGACUGCACCAGAGUGGAGCACUGUUCCCUUUUUGCGAGACCUUUGAUGUACAGAGACUGAUUGCUUUUGCCACCCGCUGUUCAAAA